AAUAGCAACGAUGGGCAACUGAUGAUCAGAGGACCAGCGAAGAUCCAGCUCCGAAGGAAGGCUGCGCUACUCUCUAUCUGUGUGUGAUCUUAACCGUAAGAGAGGGAAAGGAUGGAGAAUUUUAAGCUGUUUUGGGGAAAUUUGGAUUGAGGGGGACAAGAACCUAUGCGAUUGUGCUCUUGGAUCUGACUAUUUUUGGGGACCUAUUUUGACUUGCAAAAUGCCAUUCGCCAAAAGGAUCGUCGAACCUCAGUUACUGUGCAGGCACGCGAUUCCGAAUGAUGAGGGCUUGCUUUUUGAGGAUCUGUGUUCAAUCAACAAUGUGGCUCUUUCUCGGACCUUGCGGCAGCUCUCCGACCUGGCCAAGCACGCCUGCUCGCUGUUUCAGGAGCUGGAGAACGAGAUAAUCUCCACGAACCAGCGGGUUUGGGUUCUGCAGAACAAAAUAGGCAGAAUUCAGCAGACCGCCAGCGGACUAGAUCCUAAACAGGAGGCAGUGCCUGUGUCUAACUUGGAUGCAGAGAGCAAGCUGACAGGGCACUACCAGUCGCCAUGGCACCUGCAACGCAAUGUGUUCCACCCCUCCACCCGGCCGCCGUGUGUGGAGGAGCUGCACCGGCACGCCAAGCAGAACCUGCGGGCGCUGCACCAAGAUCAACAGCAACAGCGUCAGCGGACCAGCAGUCGCGAGCGCAGGGUGACCAUCUCCAUUUCAGUGGCACCCCCGAUGCCCACAUUCCCCUCACCCCGCACCCUGAGGCGACAUGAGCAGAGGGGUCGACACCUUCGAACGCAGGAGAGACCAGGGAGAGAAAUAGAAUAUCAACAAAUGCAAAGAAAGGAGAGGCCAAUGAGAGAGUCAGACAUCCAAAAAACACAGAGAAAGGAGAGAUCUGUAAGGGAUGCUGAGUUUCAGCAAAUACAGAGAAAGGCUGCUCCUCCCACAGACCCUGAAAUGGAUGUGGUGGUUCUAGGUCACAGGCCUAAGUGCCCUGUUCCUAAUAUCCCCUCCACUCUGGACAAGCAGACUAACUGGUCAAAAGCACUGCCUCUCCCCACCCCAGAGGAGAGACUGAAAACCGAGUCCCAAGUGAUCUCCUCGUGCAUUAUUCCCAUUAACGUCACCGAGGAGGUCUCCGUCGUUGCCUCUCCUCCUGCGAUUUCAGCAUUCCUCAGGGUCGGAUUUGACAGAGAGGCUAGUGUCCGCUGCUCACUUGUGCAUUCUCAGUCGGUGCUUCAGAGGCGGAGGAAGCUGAGGAGACGGAAGACCAUCUCGGGCAUACCCAGACGAGUGCAGCAAGAUUUAGACUCUGAUGAAUCCCCGGUGGCAAGAGAACGAACCGUGAUCGUGCACGCCAACCCCAACUUCUCCAUCUGCCACGAAGAGCUCUCUCUCAGUGGCCGCCUGAACACUAAGGACUCGGGUUGCCAGACAGAGGACUUCCUGUUCACCGCACCCUCCCGAAGGCGGAUUCGAGCUCAGAGAGGCCAGGGUAUCCCCACCUCCUUAUCCCACUCCACUGGCAACAUCACCUCCCUGCCAGACAGCUCAGACGCCAUGUUUACAGCCGCAGUGGGAAGUCGCCUGCGUUCCCGAAGUCUGCCCCGUGAGGGCGGCCGGCUUGUCGAUGAAGACCAUGAUGACAGCGAUGAUGACGAUGAUGACGAUGAAGAGCUCUCUCCCUAUGAGGCGGAGGAGUUCCUGCCAGGUCCUGGAGAGCUGAUCCUGAAAGACGAGGAAGAAAGCACAGAUGACCAGGCCAUACCAGAGUGCCAGCUGAUUGGCCUCAAGUGCAAGCAGACCUCUGACCACACAUGGAUUGAGAGGGGAAGGUCCCGGCUUCCACGGAAAAUGGAUAUGGGGAGUUGUGAGAUCUCCUCCAGCUCAGACACCUUCAGUAGCCCCAUCCACUCUGUCUCCACCACAGGAGUGCUAGGCACUCAAAUUGACCACAAGGAAGACCACCAAUCCUCCAGUGGGAACUGGAGUGGCAGCAGCUCCACAUGCCCCUCCCAGACGUCAGAGACCAUACCCCCAGCCGCCUCACCACCCCUGACUGGAUCCUCCCACUGUGAUUCAGAGCUGUCCCUCAAUGCAGCUCCCAGUGCUGGUGAUGACACCUCCGGCUUCAUAAGCGACCCUUACCAAAUUGACCGUCCCCAGGUUCGAGGCCACAGGGCCAGCUCCUUCACCUCCACAGUAACUGACUUGCUGGAUGACCCCAGCAACAGCACAGCAAGUGAUGGCGAGUGGAACUACCUGCACCAUGAGCAUGACAAGUCCUGCCACCAGGACUUCAGUCCACCACGGUCCAGAGGAGACAAAGGUGGUCUGGAGUGCCCCAGCUUCACAAGUGUGGCCACAUAUGAGAGCUUUGCGGACAAACCGUCAUCCGAGAAGGCGGACUCCAGUUCACACUACUCCAUAGACACGGAAGGUUAUUAUACCUCCAUGCACUUUGAUUGUGGUCUCAAAGGUAGCAGUAGCUACAUAUAUAACUAUGCAGCCAUGGGCCCUAAUGGUGGCCAGGGCGUUAAUGUUGCAUCUAGCUUGGGUGAAUACCAUCAGCCAGACUACAGAGAUCACAGGACACUGGGAAGACACUGUCUUUCCUUAAAGAAACCAAAGGUGAAGCCAGACCCACCAAAACGCAGUUCUUCACUGAGGAAAAUUAGCAGUGGUGCAAAUGUUCCUGACAAGAAUGAACCAAAGAUAAACAGUGGGCAGCACCUGCCAUUGUCUUCCAGGGAAAUGAAGCUUGAGCUAGACUUAGCCGGCCCUCCAGGCCAGUUGGACAGCCUCACUUUAGGUGAGGAGCCUGUGGAAGCCUGGAGCGUAGAGAAUGCUGGUGAGAUGACUGACUCCCACCUGUUUGGCUCCACAGACACACACUCCUUUAAGGACGAGGGUGCCGUACAGUCCGACUAUGCAGACCUCUGGCUUCUCAAUGACUUGAAGUCCAGUGACCCAUACCGGUCAUUGUCCAACUCCAGCACUGCUACGGGUACAACUGUCAUUGAAUGCAUUAAAUCACCAGAGAGCUUAGAAUCACAGAACUCUCAGUCAGGAUCCAGAGCCACCACUCCUUCCCUUCCUUCUGUGGAAAGUGAGUUCAAGCUGGCCUCCCCCGAAAAGCUAGCAGGCUUGGCAUCGCCCUCCAGUGGCUACUCUAGCCAAUCAGAGACACCAACAUCUUCCUUCCCUUCCGCAUUCUUCCCUGGGCCCUUAUCCCCCACCAGUGGCAAGAGAAAGCCCAAAGUUCCUGAGAGAAAGUCCUCUCUCUCUUCCCUACAACAGCAGCAGCAGUUCUCCUCCAGGGAUGGAGGCACCUCAUCUAAGAGAGACCUUGAGCUACCAAUUAUACCUCCAACCCAUCUUGACCUAAGUGCUCUUCACAAUGUUAUCAGCAAGCCUUCGGCCCACAGGACACAGCUGCACAUUCUCCAUCAGAAUAAGCAGAAGGCAGCUGCAGCUGCUGCUGCUGCAGCUGAGGCCAGGGCAGCAGCUGUAGCCUCUGCUGCUCAUCAAGAGGCAACCAUGGCUAUCACGCCCUCUGUGCUUCGCUCAGUCCAGCUACGAUCUGUAAGCAAGCUCAGUGAAGGCUGCCAGGCCCGAGCCAACCAAGAAGCUGUUGCCAGGCCCAAGUGUCCCACCGUGACAGUCAUCGCAGCAGCCCCUGACCACAGGUCACCAGAGUCCAGGAAGCCCACAACCCACAAACCCGCUACCGAUCACCCUUCUCAGGAGUAUCGCGAAUCACUGUAUACCCCAGGCGAUGGACCCAUUGCAAGGGAUGUAGCCUAUAAUGAGCACACAAGGUACAGGCAGGAGAGACACACCUCAGGGCCACUCUGGUCUAUGACUGCAUUCAGAACCCCCCUGGAUCCAAUGUCCAUGGAGGAUGAUCACCCUAGGAGGCCGCCAGCCUAUGUGAUGAGGAAUGAGACCCUAAGCAGCCAGGAGCCCAGGAGGACAUCUGACACCCCGGCCCGCCCCAAAGAGGACAUGGAACAUGAGCUGAAGAGCACGUUGAAGGCCCCGUUUCUACGUGGUGACAGCCUGGAGAAAGAGCAGAACCAACUUACAACGAUUGAGCCGGGUGGUGAGAUUCUCUUGUUGUGUAUGACAAAGACGGGUUCUCCCCCUGAUCUGAGUGAUGCUGCAGCAAGAAGGCUCGAGUUUGGUGCAAGCGGCAGCCUUGACAAAGUGCCUGUAACUAUGUGUCAAUCAGAAACAUUGCAAGCUUACACAAUCAGUGAUGCGGGUAGCAGAGAGGAGGAAUAUGAUCCAUCAGGUGUUCCUACCAGAAGUGCCUCACAGGACUGCAGGGAAGAGGGAUCGACACCAGACACAGAGGAUUACUUCAGCAAAGAGUCUACUCCCAGCGACAACCCACUUUCUCCUUUGAGUGAUGAAACAAAACCAGAAGACGACAGUGUUUUUCUGUCACCCAAUAAACUACGAACAACUGAGGAUCUGUUUGCUAUGAUUCACAGAUCAAAAAGGAAAGUGCUUGGCCGUAAAGAUUCAGGAGAGCUGAGCGUAAGGAACCGGCUGAGCACUACUUCGGGAGGUACCCCAGCCAGCACCCCGGUGACCACUCCAAGCACCCCCACAACCCCGGGGACCCCGACCAGCUCACAGAAAGCCCCAGGACCCAUCUACAGGAGUGCCAAGAAAUCCAGCACCUCCAAUGAGGAAUUCAAACUGCUACUGCUGAAAAAGGGAAGCCGGACCGACUCUAGCUAUCGCAUGUCAGCCACAGAGAUCCUGAAGAGCCCCAUCACGCCGAAGUCCUUGGGGGACCUGGGGGCUGAUGAGGCCCGGCUGCCAGAGGAGCUGCUGUGCCCCCUUCAGCAGUCCCCCUCGGGGGCCGAGCAGCUCCCCAGCCCCUUCCCCAAGGCCAAUACUGAGGGCUUCUCCCCAAAAUCUUUCCCCAUGUCCGCCUCCUCGCGACAGGGCCGGUCCCGGAUCCCGCCAGCGGCUAACAGCAGCCGCUAUAGCACACGCAGCCGCCUCUACACGGCGCCCAUGCAGGCCAUCUCCGAGGGGGAGACUGAGAACUCAGACGGCAGUCCGCAUGAUGACCGUUCCUCACAGAGCUCCACCUAGACACUCAGCCAUGCCCCUAGCACCCAGCCAUGCCCUGUGCCCACCUCCCCUGGCCCUACCUCCUAAAUGCCCAACCCCACCCCUGAAUACCCCCUCCUCAGCACCACCUCCUACACGGCCCCAUCCUUGAACUUAUUGGCCCCUUCUCCAAAACAUCCCACUGACCGAUCUCCAGCCAUGCCCCUCCCAGCCCACCCCCUGAACACACCAUGGUCCCAUGCUCUAAAUACUUUCCCCUGUUUCCUACAAACAUAUUUCACAAAAAAAGAACAGAACAAAACUCAACAUAACACAAUGAGCUCAUGGAUUUUUGAGAGGUGUAUCACUGGAACUUUUUGAGUAUAUACAAUAUUCCACAGACAAGAAACAAAAAAAUAAAAAAAAACAUGGUGAGUUUGUGGACAUUUUUCUAACAAGAGUAAAACUUUUAACACAUAUACCAGAAAAUAAGAAAAAGACAAGAUAACCUGUCUUACUACACUAGUUAUAGGAACUGUCAUUACAUAUUUUUUUCUUUGUGGAUAUUAAGGCUAUAGGCCUCUUCUGUUAGGGGAACACAAAUUAAUCAUCCUCUCAUAUUUUCAUUGUGAAAUUAAUAUGUUUUAAAAAUGUCAGGAAAGCCAGAAGAUUGGGAUCCAUAUUCAUAAGAAAUCUUUGCACAUGUUUAAAACUGUAAGCUUAUACAUAUUUUGUGUAUCAUGACAGAUAUCACACAUUACAUCAGCAGCAGGACCUUGUUCUGUAACCUUUGCGGAGUAUGUGCGAUAUAAAUGUACAACUUAGCCUUGCUAUGCUGUACAUCAAUUCACAGGAAUGAAAUAUACACAGUAUAUUGUUAGUGCAUGCUUAUGCAGAGCACAGGAGUGCAGGACGUGACACAAGAAGGGAGACAUUUUUGUGAAAAUGUACAACACCUGUCUAUGGCAGGCACACUUGGGACAAUCUUAACCGUGGCCUUUCUGUAGAGGUCUUAGCAAACAGGGGAUUUGAUAAUCUUUACCACGUACAGGUAUUUUUUGAUCUUGUCACUGAUGACUAAUGCUCAUUUUUGACAAGAGAGUAUUGAGUACAUUUGGCUAAAAGUUGAAAUGGGUAGCUUUUUACAACAAAAAAACUACAAUUUCUUUGCACUCAAUCUUAAUUCUCCAAGACUACCCCUCUAUAAGGAUCUUUAAAAUGUAAUUAUCAAUAGUAUAUACAGAUAGAGUGAAUAUCAAGAUACACAUGUAUAAUACAUGUGUAUAUAUUAUGUAUGCACACCUUCUAAAUGGCAUAUGCUCACGAGAUAGCAAAACAACUGUCCUUGGCACAUGACUAUGAAGCCUUGUAAAGCCUUAAGGGCUGCAAUCAGUCAGUAGUUUAGUGAUAUAGGAGACAGAACCCCAACAAAUGCUGUCAUUCUACUUUCACAGACAAAGUGAGUCUUCUGUUUUAGUUUAAAAAAAAAAAAUUAUAUAUAAAUAGAAUAAUAUGCAGCUUAUAAUUUUUUUGCUGAUAUUUCAACCAUGUGUCUAUAGAGUCAGGUGAAAUCUCUGUUUUCUUAUGCAGAGGCCAGCAAUGCUGAUUUUAAUGUUACAUGCCUCGACAUAACUUCAAUUCUUAAGGGGGUGGGGGGGGGGGGACUACAGAGCAAAGAGUUGACCCAAUGUAUUCUGUGAAUACCUUUGCAAUCAUAUCUAUUCAUUUCGAGCUAGUGGUUUUCACUUUCAGGUUUAAUAGCAUUCAGAAUGGGUGUUAUUUAGGAGAAUAGAAAACACUCAGAGAACUCAAACUGAUUUGCAAACUGAACUGACACUGUGCAUGCUAGGAGAGGAGGGGAAAAAACUGUGAAACCACUAGAUCUUAACAUUCAUUGUGUCCAUUGCUGGAGAGUAGCAUGCUCUAGCCAAAAGCGGCAGAGUAUUCAUUUUCCAUUCUGUUUUACGAGCCUUUUCAUCAACAGCAUGCAAUAAAAAAAAACUAUGGAAUUUUGAAAAGGAAAUGUCAGAUAAAAAGAGAUGCUAUUAUUGGGAAGGAUAUCAUGUUUUAAAAUCACUUGAAUUUGUACUGUUAGUAUGUUCAAUAGCUGUAUAAAAAGUUCUAACUUUUUUUUAAAUGACUGUAAAAUAGAGAGUGGGUUUAGUGAAUUAACUGGACAAUCUUUUUGUGGAAUAUUACUGGAAGAUGGAGGAAGCAGGAGGUGAGCAGGGGGAAAGGACUGAGUCUGACUGGUUUAAAGUAAUGAUAAGGGAAGUCUAGGAAAAAGGUGUGGCUGAGAGUAAGCCCAAAAUAGAAUGACCUGGAACAGGAGAACCAUGGAAAAAAUACAUAUUUUAUAGAUUGUUUUGAAUUGUGUGAAUAGGGAGUGUAAAAAGGGGAAAAUGGAAAGUGCUGUGGUGAAGCAAAAGAUAAAUUGCGUCUUGGUGCGACUCCUGUACUGGCUUCCACAGGUACUGCUUUCAACUAUCCAUGGUAAAAGCAUUAUUCUGAAUCUAUUCUCAGUUGAAAUGUGAGGAGAGAAUCAUCUACCGUAGUAUUUCUUGUUGUCUUUUUUGGGAUAAUGCAUGAUGUUCUUUAGGAAUAUUUAUGGCUAAUAUUGAAAUGCCAUAUAGGUUCAGACUGAAGUUUGAAGACAUUUUAACGUUUUGUUGUUUUUCUGUUUUUGGUAACUGUGAUAUCUAGGGUCUUAACUGUGGUGAAGCAAAAUUGGUAGGUUCUAAUACAGCACCAAUGAUGCUUUAGAGAAAGAGAAUCAGGAAGAAAAUAUGAUUUUCUAAAAGCAAAAUGACAUGUCAAGACAUCAGCUACUGUUAAUUACUUAUGCCUCUGGACUUAUUUCUGUUUUAGCUAAACUGAUAAAUUCUGGAAUUUGACCUGUACAUUUUUUCUGCUGAUUCCUUUUUAUGGAUUUUUUCUUUAUUUUACAAAGGCCUAAUUAUAAGAUUUCAGUUUGUGCAAUUUUGAGACUUCAUUCAUAUGGUCUUCAACAUUUGGCUUAUAGCUAUAGGUCUACUAAAUAUAGAAAUUCUUUAUAUGAGAUUACAAGAUUAAGAAAAAUAAAUUUAAAAUAUUUUUAAUGACAAGAUAUUUUAUCCAGAGACUUAUUUUGUUUAUGAAGAUUAUCUAGAAAGAAAGAUAAUAAAGCUUUAUUUACACUGACGCUGGUUUGACCGCUUUCGUAUCGCAGACCCUACCAGUGGAAUAAGUGAAAGGAACAGACAGAUUGGGAACACUGAGGGGAACAUUGUGAAUCUACUGUCUUUGACAUAUAAGCUACCAUGUGUAAAACUGAACUCUUUUAACCCUAGAGGUGCUCUGAAUAUCUGGCACGGUCACAUUUCACCCUGCUGCCAUUCGGGAUCAAUAAUGGCUGCUCGCACAUGCUCAUGGGUCUUUUUAGAGCACAGCGGAGUUCUUUGGAAUUCUAGAAAAAAUGCCACAUUUAAGAGGUGCACAUUUAAACUCAUCUGCUCACAAACAUUAUGAAAUUACAGUAUCAAUGUAGCCAUAUUUGUUGUUAUGAAUCGUUGUUAAAAAGCCGCUGCAGUAGCUAUGUCCAUUAGUAACAUUUAAACUGUUAACCUUAUUCAGGCCUUACAAACAACAUUUAAAAAUAGGGAAAACACAUGUGGGUGCUUCCCUUUGACUAUAUAUUUCAGUCAAAUAUCUUUGCCACAACAUUGAGCAAAGUAUUCUUUUAAUAAAAUAAAACUUGAGUUAGCACUGAGAAAAAACAUCUUCAUUUUAAGGACUGUUUUUAACUGCCAUCUUUUAACAGGGUACACAAAGAUUCUGUGAACUAUCAUUCCAGCAUUAAAGCAAAUUAUACCUUGCACUGAUAAAGUGGAGUUUGUGAAGUUCUCUCCUAUUUCUUGCUGUACCUGAAGUUAUUUAUGGAGGUUUUCCUUUACGACUGUUUCAGUUUCCAUUUUUCUGAUUCCACAUGCAUGAAGAAAACAGGCUGGGGAUGGGCAGGACAGUUCAUACUUUUUGCCAAAGGGUUUCUGACAUGUACAGGUAUACUCAUCAAAAGGUUUUGGGUUAAUGAAUAAAGUAAAACUAUGACAUAAAGACAAAAAGGUUACAGUGUAACUGUUUUCGAUACUAGAUGCAUUUCAUUCAGGCUGAAAGCUACAAUGGAUGAAUACAAUACAUGGAUUUGCAUCGGUUUUGUAUUUUUGUACAAAUUUGUAAAUAUGAUCUUUUUAAAUUGUUGCAAAGAUGUUCCUUUUGUAAAAUGAUGUUUUCAAAGUUUACAUUAAUUCCAAGCCUUUGUAUAUUUUUGAGCUGUGCAACACUUUAAGUCUUGUAUUUAUUUUUUAGUAAACAUUGUGAAAAUUCCAUUGUAAAUCUCUGAACCAUCUGCCAGUUCGUCUGGCUGCUUAGUAAUUGUGCAUAGAAACAGCCAAUAAAUGUGACUGCAUUGAAAAAUA